UUGUAGAAAGUGGGACAGAUUUUGGCUGCUCAGAAUUAUAAAGGAAAUAAGAGGACAAAAGCAGAGGAGAUACAAAGGAAAAUGACAACCUUCACUGAAGAAGAUCUGAACCACUAUUUACAAUCUCAGGUGGACCUUAGACACAGACAGGUCUCAAAAUCAGUAGAGGAUGUACACAAAAUAAUAAAGGACUUAACUACUGCGGUCAGCUUAACGGAUGCACGCUUCCAAUCCAUUGCCAACUCUGAAGUACACAACAAUGGCUUUAAGGAUCAGCCUGCUAUACUGUCAAAAUGGGCUGCAUUACUUCAGGGAAAAAGUACAUUCAAUCCUGCCAUUCAAGUGCUGACACCCACACUGUUUCUGAUGUCUGUGCCACUCCGAGGAUUGACAGGCUAUAAGAGGAAGCCAACUCGGCAAUGGAGAUAUUACACCCUGAAUGGCUCACGGCUUCUUUCUCCAGUCCGAGAACCAGAAAAACUGCACCAGUGGCUAGAACUGGAGAAUUUUACUAACCCAGCUCAGGAAUGGCAUGAUGCCAGUGUAGCCAUGGAGGGUGAUAUUGUGCCCUCCAAAGUGGUCAGUGUCUUCAAGGAGCUGGUAGAGGCAGCUAUUAAGAGAUGUGGGCUUAAAGAUAAAGUGACUCUGCUGGAGUCACUGGGCUCAAUGGUGCGUGUGGCUGUGGAGACGUCAGAGGUACAAAUAGAGGUGGAGCUCGUUCCCACAGUGGAGGUGAUGAACUGCUGGCCGAAGAGAGCUCGCUGGCCCCGACUACUACAGAGAUGGCCUUUAACAGAGUGCAGUAGCUGCAUCAAGUCCUUUGGUUUCAACCUAAUGGCCACUUCUAAUUACCACUGGAUGCUGUCGUUCUCCCGGGCGGAGCAGGUACUGCUGGCAGGGAUAGAUGAGGACGGUGGUUGCCGUAGAAAUUGUUACAGGAUGGUGCGACAGUUAAAGGAGGAUAUUUGGUGUCCAGGGAGCAAACCUGUCAUUACUGCCCACCAUUUACAGACACUACUCUUCUGGACGUGUGAGAAAUACCCGAGUUCCAGACACUGGAUUGACAUGAGAGAGUGUGUGCUGCGUCUGGUGCAAAAGCUACAUAAAUGUGUAUCACAGCGCUACCUCAAGCACUACUUUGUUCGCACCUACAACCUGCUGAAAUAUACAAACAGCAAUGAGCUAGAUGAUAUGGCCAAAAAGAUUUCAGCAUUCCUUGAUAACCCAGGCACAUAUAUUCAUUAGAAAUAUUAAUUCACCUCUAUAAACAUUUGAAUCUACUUCAGAUUUAAGAUUUAGAUUUUUACUAGCAGUGUUUAUAUAGCUGAUUGAUAGACGUUAUACAGUCGGGAUGCAUAGUUCAGCUUGGUAACAGUGCUUACAGAUACACAAUGCUUGGAUCUGCUUAUACUGUG